AUGGCCACGAACAGCUUCUCGUUGUCAGAGGUGCUUGCCGUCGCUAAGCGGCAUCCCUUCUACAAUCCUGACAUUCAAUAUCCGCCGGAUGCGAAGGCAGUACAGCAGGUCCGUGACUGGGUAAAUAACCACCAGACGAAAGUUGACCUUCGCUCCCAACCGUUGCUUCAUAAAAACAACAUCUACAAGACAGUGGAGCGGCUCACACAUGAUGCCAGUCCGGAAAAUGUGUACCGUGAGAGCUCAUACAUGAGCAUCACCGGUGGCGGGUCCGGUGGUGUACCAAUGAUGUUUGCCGUCGAUGUCCAUGAGAAUCGGCAACAAAGAGCUCAGAUGGGGAAGCUUCUCCAGAAUUGCAGAGUGAUCAGCCGUAAAGACUGGGUACUGUCUGUGCACAUGUCAGGGAGCUUUUACAGGUCCUUGGACUUAACGACGGAGAUCAUGGAGAACGCCGGGGCCACUGUGCUCAGCGCGGGGAAUUAUAUGCAGCUUGAAGAGGUCAUUCAAGCUCUGGCUCACUAUCAUGUCAACGUCUUGACUGGCGAUGCCAGUCAGAUCGUCCAAUUGGUCUGCUAUAUCUCCACACUACCCGUGGAAAGACAAAGUCAGAUCCAGGUCAACAAGAUUAUUUACUCAUCCGAGCCGCUGACGGGAGCGCAACGAUCAUUCAUUCGUGCGACUUUGGGGGACGUAAAGAUUUGUUCGGUCAUGGGGAGUGCAGAGGCCGGCCCGUGGGCCUUGAGUAGUCCAGAUCUAGUGGGCGAGAAGAACCUCACUGGCAGCACGAUGGACUUUGUCUUUGAUACCCGCGAUAUGGUUAUAGAAAUUCUCUCUCCUGCGGCUUUAGAUGAGGGAAACUCUCCCUCUGAUGUUGAGCCCCUGCCGUUAGGAGAAAUGGGGAUUAUAGUGCAGACCUCCCUGCGGCGUCUGCGCAAUCCACUCGUUCGCUAUAUCACUGGAGACCUGGGAUCCCUCCAUCCACUUCCCGAGAUGGCCAGCGCCGUAGUCCCCGAGAGUGAGCGGCAGUACCUGCGUGUGCUCCGGAUGCAAGGCCGUGACCGUCGCUUCAGCUUCAAGUGGGAUGGAGCCUACUUCGAGUUUGAAAAACUGAAAGCCCUGCUGCAGGCGGAGGAAUGUGGUAUCCUGCAGUGGCAGGUGAUACUUGGCCAGCUCGACUCCUCGCCACAGGCAACUCUGGAAGUCCGCUUGUUACGGGCUCCAUCCCGAGCAGAUGUUCUAUUAGAAGAGCAGUUGGUCAAGCGCUUACGCACGUUCUUCUUUGUUUUACCUGAGACUGAACAUGUAUUCCGCAUUGUAUUUGUGAAGGAUCUUGAUGGGUUUGAGCGGAGCUCUACAGCGGGGAAAGUUAUCAACUUUGUAGACCGUCUGCAGUGA